AUGGAUGCCAUCAACAACGUUAUCAAGGAUAUCCGCAUCUCCUACGAUGAAAUGUUCGGCUCUACUGCGAAAGCAAUAGCACAACUUACAAUGACACGUAGUGAUCUAUAUCACGCAAACAAACAACGCAAAUAUGUUCAAGCCGAUCUCGAUAACUACAAACGUUAUAAUGUGCAGUUAGGCGAUGAACAUAAAGUGCUUCUAGCUAAACACGAAACACUACAAAUCGAUCCCAAAAAACUAACAGAUCGCCUAAAAAACUGA